AUGAACGAGGAUCGACUAUCAAUCAGUAGGCCAUCGUCCGAUUCCACGGCGCUUCUCCUAGUCGAUACGCGUGCAUCGCAAUCACUGGAGCCGAUUCGUUUACCGACCAAGCUGAGAGAUCGAAUCGACCGUGCACAGCGUCGUGCCAAUGCUGUCAAGGAUGGCGUCUCAAUAUUCACGAAAGACUCCAAGGACUCGGCCAUUUCUGUAUCAGCAGCGACAGUAGGGAGACGAACUGCCACUGCUCCGACACCUGAGACCACCACAGCCUCACUGUUCGGCGACUUUGUCGACCCUCAUCGUGUUUCGACUGCAAGCGGUGGAAUGGACGACAAGAUGCACCUUCCUAACGUCGUGCUUAGUCACAAAAUGCGGGACUUUGAAGCGCGAGCAAACGCAGGAGGCAGCGUGGCGCUCUUUUCAGCCGAUCCAGCAGACCGAAGUUUGCAAAGUUUGUCCCUGGAAGACCGCGAACGCGUCAUGUUGGUGAUGCAGGCAAAAAUCCGACAAAUUGCCAGCGAUGUGGAUGCGAGUUUUGCUCGGAUCACGAAGGCUCUUGAUGCGAACGGGAUUUUCGACUCGGCUGCCAAUAUCCAGCGAGCGCAGACACUUUGUCUAGUAGAUCUACAGCGUCGAUGUAAGCUGGAUAAACUUCGAGACGAGGCCAUGCGCGAGGUUUUGAACCUACCAACAUCAACACCAUCGAACCAGAAGAACCCUGUUAAUGCCUCUCGCAAGCUCAGUCAACUUCUGAGACCGACAACUCGAGCAACAUCCGCCGAGAUGGUAGCAGCAGUAACCUCAACGAAGCGUAGGAAGCGGAAGCCAGUCCGAGUCUCGAAGCUACCUGCACUCAGUAAGACUGAUGGAAGCCUCAACAAGAACAACCAGGCUUCUUCGCCUCAAUCUCACCAGGAUGAUCGUACGAGUGUUGGUGUGUCUCGGAUGUUAACACGGCGUGGUGGACUUGCACCUCCUGUUAGUGCAUCUCAGAUUGCGGUACGAGAGGAGGUUUCGUUCACUACUGGGGUUCCUAUUAACAAGAAUGCCAACGACUGGGAACUCUACACUCAACACUCUCAUGUGGCACAGAUUCUGCAGCUACUAGCAAAAGGGGAGUCGUCGAAUACCAAAGGAUCUGGAGCUUUUAACCCAAAUAGCGCCGAAGCCGAUAUGGACCAUUCGCGAGUGUUGGACCCAGUAGAUGAGUGGACUCAACGCUCUCCCAGCUACCAGUCAGUUGGUGCUCGAGCUGCAGAAGCAGUUCGUAAAUGUGGUGAGCGUCAGCGUUGGGAUACACUUGUACAUUUCCGCUCAAAUUUCUCUCGACUGGGUGUCUCUGCUGCACUUCGACAGCGUUUAGAAGCACAACACUCGACCUGGAAGAAGGGCCAAGACACUAUAAGAAGUGACAAUGGCGAAGAGAGUGCAGACUAUGGAAGAGGAAGCAGCAACCAGCAACAACGAGACAAAGAAAUUUACGCAGAACUGCAGGCUCACAUCCGUGAACGCCUCAUUGCUAGUGAGAGACGAACAAGGACAGCAGCUGCAACUGUACGAGUAGGAAGGAACUCGAGUAAACUGCGUCUGCCACAGACAGCACCAGCGAAGAUAAUAGCAGCAAGCAGCUCGACGAUAUCUCUUCCAGUGGGUGAAGUAUCUGCGCUUCAAGGAGAUCAACUACAGCCGCUACAAGAUGACGUUCCGUCCCCAACUCUCGGUAUAUCCGUGUCUGAACCAGUUUUAUCCACCAGUACGUCAGACUUGCCAUCUUCCUCGUCACAGAAGCAUUCUCGGUUCGGUUCUCGCGUUCGGAUGUCGGUGUUGGAGCUGAAGAUGAUGAGGGAUCCGUCCCUGUUAAUGUCGAGGCAUGGGAGGCGGAAAGAGUCACUCAUCGGCGCUCCACAUACCCAGUUAGGCAGUAAAGCCAUUGGUCGUCACUCAGAAGCUCGGAUAGCUUAUCGAAGAGAUACAGCCCAGACGUGGGCGUGGCAUUUACCUCCUGACACAAACCCUGAUAGUGUAGUGGAUACCAUUGUAGAGGAUGAUGAACGUGAUGAGGAUCGCUUUGAUGAAGAGGGCUACGAUCAAAAUGAUGAGGAUAACAGUGAAGAAGGAGAGGAACGAGAAGAUGGAACGGAAUAUGCUGAAGAUGAUACCGAAAGUGUCGAUAGCAGUCGCACUGGGUUCUCAGCCAGGAGUUCGAUGAGCAUGUCGUCUGUGAAGAGGAGCACCAAUAAUGGCAGUAGAAAGCAUGGCAAGAAUAAGAGACCACCGACUGUGCAGCGUCGGGCAAGUCGUGGUCCUGGCGGUCGUUCUGCGGCGAAUACGUUGACAGGCCAUGCUCUGAGUCUUCAUGCUCGACUGGAAGUCAUUUGGCGCGUGCUACAGUUCCCUUAUUCGAACAAAUUGACAAUGCUGGAACGGUUGUCAACGCUGCAAGACGCCGACGCUUUUGUUUCUGUGCUGGAACAUUGGGAACGUGUCACUCCGUUGGUCGCUAUUCGGCAACGCAUGAAGCUUGCGUUGUCCGGAUAUGCCGAACGUGGAGACUUGCGUCCAAAUGAAUGGGUUACUCCCUCUGAAAUUGCACUUGUGUCUGCGCUGCCACAACCGCCUGAGCCGAAUUCGGAUGCUUUGCCACCUCGCAAGACUUCGCUCGGUGAGGUUGAGACCAUAUCUCCAUCUGCAUUUAUUGAGUUCGAACACAUUUCGACACAGUGACGUUACAGAUACAAAAACUGGCAAAUGAUCUCAAAACUCACACUGGGGAAGAACUACAAUUCCAGGGACAUCCGUAUCCACGCCGCAGAUAGCUUAUAGAUUUCCUGUGGAGUAUUAAAUAGCGACUGAAAAAGAAUUGGAUGCUGCGAUACAAACAAGAAGACGACA